GGGCCGGGCCGAGCAGGAGCAGCAGGAGCAGCAGCAGCAUGGCGGCGGCGCGGGGGCUGGGCUGGGCUCUGGCCUGGCUGCUCCUCUCCUGCCGCCUGCCCGGCGCAGAGGCCGUGGCCGUGAUGUCGGUGGACGUGGGCAGCGAGUCGAUGAAGAUAGCCAUCGUGAAGCCCGGGGUGCCCAUGGAGAUCGUCCUGAACAAGGAAUCACGAAGGAAAACGCCUGUGGCUGUUGCUUUGAAGGAGAAUGAACGUCUCUUUGGUGACAGUGCACUGGGAAUGUCCAUAAGGACCCCGAGGGUGGCAUUCAGAUACUUCCAGGAUCUGCUGGGUAAGCGUAUGGAUAACCCCCAUGUGGCACUAUACCAGUCCCGCUUCCCAGAGCAUGAACUGGUGAAGGAUGAGAAAAGGCAGACUGUUAUCUUCAAGUUGUCCCAGACUAUACAAUACUCUCCAGAGGAGAUGCUGGGGAUGGUCCUGAACUAUUCACGGGGUCUGGCUGAGGAAUUUGCAGAGCAGCCCAUCAAGGAUGCAGUGAUCACGGUUCCUGCCUAUUUCAACCAGGCGGAGAGGAGAGCAGUUCUGCAUGCCGCUCGCAUGGCUGACCUGAAGGUGCUGCAGCUGAUCAAUGACAACACAGCCGUAGCGCUGAACUACGGAGUGUUUAGGAGGAAAGACAUCAAUGCCACCGCCCAGAAUAUCAUGUUUUACGACAUGGGAGCAGGAAGCACCGUUUGUACUAUUGUUACCUAUCAGACAGUGAAAACUAAGGACUCGGGAACCCAGCCUCAAUUGCAGAUCCAGGGCAUUGGGUUUGACCGUGCUCUUGGCGGUUUAGAGAUGGAGCUUCGUCUGCGGGACUAUUUGGCAAAACUCUUUAAUGGUCAGCACCCUUCAAAAGACGUCCGAAAGAACCCGCGGGCCAUGGCCAAACUGCUGAAGGAGGCCAACCGCCUGAAAACCGUCCUGAGCGCCAAUGCUGACCACAUGGCACAGAUCGAGGGACUCCUGGAUGACAUCGACUUCAAGGCCAAGGUCUCAAGGCAAGAAUUUGAGGAUUUGUGCUCUGAUUUGUUCCAGCGAGUCCCAGGACCUGUGCAGCAGGCUCUGAGCAGCGCAGAGAUGAACCUGGAUGGAAUUGACCAGGUGAUUCUAGUUGGCGGUGCCACACGAGUCCCCAAAGUGCAGGAAGUUUUGCUGAAGGCUGUGGGCAAAGAAGAACUGGGCAAGAAUAUCAAUGCAGAUGAGGCUGCUGCUAUGGGUGCAGUCUACCAGGCAGCUGCUCUGAGCAAAGCCUUUAAGGUGAAGCCAUUUGUUGUUCGAGAUGCCGCUGUGUUUCCUAUCCAGGUGGAGUUUACUCGUGAAGUUGAAGAGGAUGAUAAAUCCAGGAGUUUAAAGCACAACAAGAGGAUUUUGUUCCAGCGCAUGGCACCCUACCCGCAGCGCAAAGUUAUCACUUUCAACCGCUACACAGACGACUUUGAGUUCUACGUCAACUAUGGAGAUCUGUCUUUCCUGAACCACGAUGACAUGCAGGUUUUUGGUGCUCUCAAUCUCACUACUGUGAGGCUAAAGGGAGUUGGAGACAGUUUCAAGAAGCACUCAGAUUAUGAAUCCAAAGGCAUCAAAGCUCACUUCAACAUGGAUGAGAGUGGAGUUCUAAGUCUUGACCGGGUGGAAUCUGUGUUUGAGACCUUGGUGGAAGACAAGCUGGAGGAAGAGUCGACACUGACAAAACUUGGAAACACCAUCUCAAGCCUGUUUGGGGGUGGUGGCCCAGCAACAGAGACCGGAGAGAACCUGACAGACCCGGUUCAGGAAGAAGAAGAGAGCCUAGCAGAAACAGGGAAGGAAGAGCAGGGAGAGAAACAAGACCCAAAAAGCAGCGCGGAAGGUGCCAGUGAAGAGCAGGGAGAAGAGAAGCAGCAGUCUCCAGGCCAGGCAGAAACUGCCACUCCCAGAGAAGAGUCCCAGCAAAAGGAAGAAGGCGAGAAGUUGCAGUCUCAGGAUCCCAAAGAAAAUAGAGAAACUGCGAAAGAGGAAGAACCGUCCAGAAGUUCCAGUGACAGCACAGUUACCAAAACAGAGGAAGAGAAGAAGAUCAAAGCACCCAAGAAGCAGAAGCUUGUGCAUGAGAUCACCAUGGAGCUCGAUGUAAAUGACGUGCCUGACCUGCUGGAGGAUGAACUGAAGAGCUCAAUGAAAAAACUCCAAGACUUGACGGUCAGAGAUCUAGAGAAACAGGAAAGAGAGAAAUCAGCCAACAGCUUGGAGUCAUUCAUCUUUGAGACCCAGGACAAGCUUUACCAAGAGGAAUAUCAGUUUGUCUCAACAGAGGAGCAGAGAGAAGAGAUUUCCAAAAAGCUUAGCGAGGCAUCCAGUUGGAUGGAGGAGGAGGGUUAUGCAGCUGCAACUAAGGAUCUGAAAGACAGGCUUUCAGAACUGAAGAAGCUUUGUAGGAACCUCUUCUUCCGUGUCGAGGAAAGGCGGAAGUGGCCGGAACGCCUUGCUGCCCUGGAAAGUCUGCUCAACCACUCAGCCAUCUUUCUCAAGGGAGCCCGAAUGAUCCCGGAGUCUGACCAGAUAUUCACAGAGGUGGAACUGAGUACCCUGGAAAAAGCCAUCAAUGAAACAACGAUCUGGAAAAAUGAGACGCUGGCUGAACAGAACAAGCUCUCUCCCACUGAGAAGCCUGUCCUGCUGUCCAAAGAUAUAGAGCUCAAGAUAGCAGCCCUGGACAGGGAAGUGCAGUAUCUUCUGAAUAAGGCCAAGUUUGCAAAACCCAAGCCCAGAAAGGAGAAGAACAUGACAAAAACCGAUUCAGGCAGGAAUGCUACAACAGCCUCUGAGCCCGAGAGCACUAUCCCUCCCACGGAGGGGAAACAAGAAGAUGUAGACAAACCUGAAGAUAUUGGUCCAGCUGUGGAGCCUCCUGCAGCUGAGCAAGUAGCGAUAGACAGCGAGCCUGGAUCAGACUCCGGGUCCAAAGAAGAGAAGAGAGAAGCUGGAGGAGAGAGCAGGAAAAAUGAUGAGUUAUAACACCCCUGAGAUCCCACUAGUGUCAACAGCUAUUUAUUUCAUGGUUACUUUCUUGUUUUUAUCACGGACCUGGCUAGUCAUGGUGUAAAUGGAACACAACAACCAGUCUGACAGCACAGUGGGA